UAUGACGGCUGUAGAUGAAUGUUGGAACCAGUCGAGAGAAUUGACAAGAGAAAGAGCCACAAAACCGGAGACACCUUCCACUCGAGUAGUCAGUCGACUGGCAAAGAAGCCAAUGAAAGAAAUAGCAUAA